UGUCCAAUCGAGGCCUGGGCCUGGAAGUUUCGACCCGGUUUUGCCCACGGCCAGAAGCGUCGAAGCGCAGCGACCGGGCUCACACCAGCGCCCCUCGGGGUUCCGGUCUCCAGGGACCGUCCCUAGCUGCUAUGGUCGUGGGCUUGCGGGCCAUCGGGGCCAAGGGGCCCGGUUGGCUCUGGCGCGGACCAUGGGCCCCGCUUGCCGCCAGCUUCUGCAGCCAGGGGCCGGACGGGGCCAGAAGGCCGGAGCCAGGGCCGCGACCCACCAGCGUGAGGCAGCGGGACGGCAUCAGGAGCAUUGUCCUGAGCAAUCCAAAGAAGAGGAAUGCACUGUCACUGGCAAUGCUGAAAUCUCUCCAAAGUGACAUUCUUCAUGAAGCUGAAAGCCAAGAUCUGAAAGUCAUUAUCAUUUCAGCUGAGGGUCCUGUAUUUUCUUCUGGGCAUGAUUUGAAGGAACUGACAGAUGAGCAGGGUCCACAAUAUCAUGCUGAAGUAUUUCAAAUCUGUUCUGAGGUUAUGAUGCUGAUCCAGAAUCACCCUGUCCCUGUCAUUGCCAUGGUGAAUGGCUUGGCUACUGCUGCUGGGUGUCAGCUGGUUGCCAGCUGUGACAUUGCUGUGGCCAGCGACAAGUCCUCGUUUGCUACUCCGGGUGUAAACAUCGGGCUCUUCUGUUCCACCCCUGGGGUGGCCUUGGGAAGAGCAGUGCCAAGAAAGGUCGCCUUGGAGAUGCUUUUUACUGGGGAGCCCAUUUCCGCUCAGGAGGCCUUGCUGCACGGGCUCCUGAGCAGAGUAGUGCCAGAAGAGCAGCUGGAGGAAGAGACCAUGAGAAUUGCGAGGAAGAUCGCCUCGCUGAGCCGGCCGGUGGUGUCUUUGGGCAAGGCCACCUUCUACAAGCAGCUGCACCAAGACCUUAGAAAGGCCUACCACCUCGCCUCCCAGACCAUGGUGGACAACGUGGCCCUGCGGGACGGGCAGGAGGGAAUCAAGGCCUUCAUCCAGAAGAGAAAACCCGUCUGGUCACACUGAGCCGGCCUUACCAGAGGCAUGGAGGGCGAGUGAGCCCGGGGGCAGUGCUCAGGACUCCCCACCUGACCCCCGCUGUCCGACCGCAACCGCCAGUGCUGCCUCGUGACUGUAGCAGAAGACAGCCUGCCUCUAUAACAUUAGUAACAGGCCCGCUGCCUGGGGUCUGGUUAAAAGCCAUGAGACCCAGGGGAAAGGAGUGGUGAGCACCUAAGCUGGGCCUAUUACAGUAGAAAGCCUGAAACUGGACCGUAAGUGAGGGAUCGCCGUGACAUGGGAGAAGGUGGAAGAAGGAUGCCAACCCGUGUGUGUGAUCAGAAGUGUCCCGAGGUGAAGGUAUUUCCUAUGCCCAAGACACAUGAAACAUUUCAGAUGUCCACAAGAUGGUCUCCACACUACACAUCUUCUUGGUUCUAAGGAGAAAUAAUCAUGCCUAUGGCUUUGGAAUAAUCUUAAUUCAUUUUAAAAGAUUAAAUAGUUAGAGAGACUGGCAAUUGUAUCUUCCCAACCAGGCUGUAAGCUGUCUGAGAAAAAAAAGAAAUCAACUGAUUUUUUUUUCUUUGUAUGCCCAUACUGAUGGAUGUACAGUAGGCGACUGGCAAUAUUUUUCUUUGCCAGUUUAGAAAGAUUAAAAAGAAAAUGUUUUCUCAGAAAGGAGGAGCUUGUUCUAAGGGUGCCCCUCCUAGAACUACAGCCUACCAGACACCCAGCACGUGCCCCGAGGAGCUGGCCCUGCAGCCAUCUGCCCCGUGUACAGGAGUUGAGGCCCACUCAGUCCAUGGAGCUGGAGUGGGCGGAGUGAGGGUUCCAGCCCCGUCUGCCUGGUAAAGCCCAGGUGCUCGUUCUGCUGGCGAGAGCCUGGGCUGAUGGGGGACCAGACUAAAGAAAUGACUUGCCUGCACCAUGGCAGUUCCCCAAAGUAAGGGACCAGAUCUUCCUUGCUACGGAACUGUGCCUGUGUGCGAGGGACGUCGGGUUUGAUCACUGGCAGGCCACUCAUGGAGUUUUUACUGCGAAGCCAAUAUAGAGCUGGCUGCAGUUAUAAACUAGGUCGUGAGAGACAGGGCUGUCACGGUCUGCUCAGAAUAGUGCCGUCAGCAGGGCCCUCCUGCGCCUUCUCGCUAGGUGGCCUACUAUGGCAGCUACUGCUCGGCAGUUGUCGGAUCACGCAGUGCAGAGGAGAGAGUGUUACGAACUUGCUGGGCCUUGGAGAAAGUAACAGGGCCUCUCACACGUUUGGCAAAUGAAAAGCAAAAGUUAACUCUCCGGUGUCUGUGUGAGCUGCACAGUAAGUGCCUCCAAGCACGAAAUCCUCGGGCCUGUGACGGCCUCCCAGCCUGUGAGUUGAGGUGCACUCAGGGGUUAGCUAGAAAUCUUCAUUGUCACCUGUGCAGAAAAUAAUCCAGAAGGAAAGUCUGCUGCCCACCCUCCGAAGUGAGGUAAUUCACACCAAAGCAUAUGUAAAUUUGGAUUUAACCUGUAUCUCUGCUUCCUUCCACUGGGACAUUGAGUGAAACAUUUCAGACAAGCACAAGUGCCUCUGCAAAGUAGUGUGUUCGCUUUUCCCUCUGUAUCACUUACUUCUCAGGGAGCUUUGCUGAGCGCAGCCCCGUUGUGCAGGGGCUAGAAAGUCAGGGAAGAGGCAGCUCGCUGCCUCUCACCCAGUCGAGAGACCACUGCGAAGGCAAGUGGAGGGAAUGGCUGAUGAACUUCACACCAGUGAAUCUGGGAACAUGGUGAUUUAAUGAGCCUAACCUCGGGCUGCCAGGCAGCCCUAUGCAGUAGCCCCUGGACCCUGGCAUCUAGGAGGGUCCGAGAAGACUGCGUUCCAGCUUGGAGAGACAGACUACCAGUGUGCGCCAAGGAAGCCAGUCAGAAACUGCAUCGCCAACGCAACACGGUUUUACUUACUGAAGGGGAUUCAGGAAAAGCAUGGAUUUGAACACGAAGAACACCAAGUUCCAGUCCCAGGUUUGCCCUCAACUCUCUGUGUCACUGUGUGCAGGUGAGGCAACUUCUUUCAGUGCUCAGUUUGACCAUCAUAAACAAACAACAGGAGUGUCCAAUGCACUCCUGUCCUCUUAGUUCUGACAGUCCAGAUUCUGUGGUACUAGGAUUGGGCACCUUGCUGUAAAACUUGAAACAGGCAGUCUCUGUUCACAGAAAAUGCUUUUUUACAAAUGGAGAAUAUGGGCAUGUUACCUUUACGUUGAAAAUACCUGAUUAGAUUUGAGAAUAAGAAAUCCAUCAGAGAUGCUCAGAGCUUUUUGGGACAUGCCUGAACCUUGAGAAGGUGCCAUGGCUAGGAAGACCCUCUGCCGGGCAGAUCUCUACCAGCCUGGCAGUUCCCCGACUUCCAUGCAGGUGCGCUACUCGGCCAGCCCCCUCCUCCUUCCUUCCUUUAAAAACCCACUGCACUAAGUGUUUUCACAGUGUGGCCCAUGGAUGAUCUGCACUUUCCUGGGCUCCUUGCCAGACCUGCUAAAUCACAAAUUCUGGUUUUGGGGGCCCAAAAAUAUGCAUUAAAAAAAAAAAAAGAUUUCUGCAUGUUUCUCCUGCACACUAAAAUGUGUGAACUGCGUCAGGGUGGAGUGACAUCUCCCUCCAGCAGCAUCUGCAUUUUAAAGGCUGAAGCAGCGAGGCUUCUGUGAGGAAACUGCGGGCAGCCGCCCGUCGGCUUGGACAGGACUGCGAGGAGCCUUGUGGACUUCUGAAACCUCUUAAAAUUCUCCACUUGGGCAGCUGUAAGGGCCUCCAUUGGCCCUCAACGCUCAUGCUUUUGGGUGUCCCACCUCACAUCACAUUAAAUAUCAGAAUAUACUCAUAUUCCACACUGAACGCAAAUCCCCUGUUUAGGGAAGGGAGCUGAAUGAUUUGCUUUUAAAAAUUGUUUUGAAAUAUCUGAUUAACAAUGAUUAUUUCUUGGCAAUCAUCAAGUAGGCAAGAGUUAAAUUUAACUAUUGAAGCUGAUGUGUUAUAGUCAAUAAAAUAUUAAAUUUCA